AAAGGUUGAGUCGUUGAGUGAGGUCCUCUGUCCCAUCGUCUCUUAUAACAGGAAGAUUGAAGUCGAAGGCGGGUGGCCAAAAUGCCAGAAGAGAUGGCGGACGGUGGGAGGAAGCUUGUGACUCUUAAUGACCUUAUCGAUGCCCUGGACAAGCGUGAGAGGGCGCCGAGCAACGUCCCAAAGGUCGAGAUAUUCCACUUCAAAGGGGAUCGGGUAUCUGAUUGGCUGGAUCUGACAGAGCAGGCACUAGUGGGGCUAUCAGAUGAGGUUAAGCUCCAGCGGGUCCUGAGGUAUGUCCUGCAUAGCCACCAUCGGGAAGUGACUAAGGUUGUGGAUGCCGCCGGUGGCAGUUGGGCAAAGUUUGGGGACCUAAUGCGAAGGAAGUACAGGCUGGGGGACAGCCUGUUGACCAUGGCCGACUUGGAGGCCAUGAAUAAGGAAGAUUUCUCCACCAUUGGGGCGUUUGUGCAGGAAUUUAAGAAAAAGGCGAGGAAAGUGCACGGGAUUUCUGAGGAGGCGCAGUGCGCCACAUUUCUUGGACUGCUUACGGGCUCGGAGGCCACAGAGCUGACCAAGUAUGGGGAAGGGAGCGAGAGGCUCUCCUUGGCAACCAUUGACAAGGGAGUGGAAGAAGGGAGUUUGGACCAGGUGGAGCAGCACCAAAUGAGAUUGCAAAGGCGCGAGAGGAAGGAGAGGGAUGCUACCGCAUAUGGGACCCCAGGGGUGAAGGGAAUAGUCACGGACGUGCUGGCGACACUGGACUAUGAUAAUGAGGCACAAAUACAGAAGAGAGGGGUGCUAGUGGUCCAAGGUCGGGCGUCAGGGGCAGUAGAUGAGGAGGCUGGGCAAGAAGACUAUGGCGGAGGGGAGACAGGCUCCCAGGUCCUGACUAAGGCGCAGAGGAAGCAGCGCAACUUGCUGCAGGGAGGGCAAAGGUCAGGGAAGGGACAGGCUCCCCAAGCCAUUGCCGCACUACCGUCUGUCGCCGCGGCCGCGCCGGCGCUAGCAGGGCCAUCGCACAUGGGGCCGCCACCAACUUGCGGGCACUGGGUGCCGCACUGUAAGUCCGCACCCUGGCCCAGUUGCAACCACUGUGUCUCAUGUGGAGGGAGUCAGGCCCACGCGGGACACAUGGUCCCCUGCUCAGACCCAUCCGCAAGUAUGGGCCCCCCGAGCUACCCGGCGACCCAAAGCCAGCCCGUGGCCCAACCGCUGCCCUCCCAGCAGGCCUCGCAAGCUAGUGUAGCCGAGGGAGGGGGCCAAAGACAAGGCGGGCAGGGCAAUGGGGGCCGGGGUCAAGGGGGUAGAGGAGGGGGCGGCCGGGGGCGAGGAGGAAAUGGUGGAGGCCGUGGAGGAGGCUGGAAUGGUCAAGGGGGUCAGAACCAAGGUGCCCAAGGCAGCCAGGGAGGAGGCCAGGGGUAUGGGAGGCCCCGCUUUGACUGGCGGAAUGCGACUUGUUGGCAUUGCGGCGAGGUGGGCCACACCGUGCGAUUUUGCCAACAGCGGCGGGACGAUGAGCUGGCAGGAUUAAUCUCCACCUGUAUGGAUGGGGACAUAUAUGACCAGUGGGGAAAGCACAUUGAUCCUAAGACCCUAGGAGGAAUUAGGCAAGAAGCCCUCAGGCGGGCAGCGGCAGGGCCUCCAGCAGCCCCGACAAUGUUCAGGAUAUGGCAGGAUAGGCAAGACCCCGGCGUAAGAGUCGAGGAGAUUGUAGGUGAGAGCGAGGAAGUGACUCAGCAGCUGAAGGUGGGGACCAUAAAGGAGGAGCCCAAAGUUGUUGAGUCCAACGAAGAGGCGCAGGAGGCGACGAGAGAGUCGGCCUCGACCAUCCUGGAGAGGAUGGAGGAUCUGCUUGCAAAGGGGUGGACUAAUGCGGUGGCAAUGGUGCAAAGGCAUAUGAUUAGGGCCAUGCAGACAGUUAGUCCACAUAUCACUCAGCCCUACAUUGACGACUUGGCGAUCAAGGGUCCAAAAGAGAAGGAGGAGAACGAAGUGAUGCCGGGAGUGAGGCGGUUUGUCUGGAAGCACGUCCAGGAUAUCGAUCAAGUUCUGGGUCUGCUGGAGGAGCACAACCUGACGGCCAGCAGCCCCAAGUCGAAGCAUUGCAUGAAGGAGACCACGAUUCUGAGCUUUGUUUGCAACGAAAAGGGGCGGAGGCCAGAUGGGAAGAAGAUGGACAAGAUCCUAGAGUGGCCAGUCCCCUUCCAAUCGAUAACGGACGUUGUCGGUGCGAAUACCCUUACAAGGGUAUCCGCCCUGGGGUUUUGCAAGUAACAAAAAAUUGUUUGGUUUAAAGUUUAAGUAUACCGCGCUAAGCGCGGCUGCG